AGCCGUAGAUUGAUUGUUUGCAGCGUUUCAUUUAAAAAUGUGCUCAUCGCUCCUCCAAGAAGUUUAUAGAUUACUGCCGUUAAUUCAAAUACUUUUAUACAUAAGUGGAAGACAAUGUGCACCUAAACUUGGAGGUAUACUUUUUGAACAGUUAUUUCUUGAAACUUUUAUGCACGACGAAAAUAAUACUAAUGCUAACUUCAAACGGGAAUUCACAGUACGAGUACCAGUUUACCAAACAAACAUUAAAAAUAGUACAUCGCUGUAUGCCAAAUUAACUGGUAAUUCAAUAAUUAACUCAGAUAUUUCAAGAUCAAGGCACAAAAAUAAAGAAUUAAAACAUCUCGAAAAUAAUGUUAAUACAAUUUCCAAUAAUUCUGAUUUUAAUAAUUUUACAAGAAUCACAACAAAUAAACUUACCACCAGUUUUCCGUCAACAUUUACGUCUACGGCACCAUCAACUACUGUCAAAAUAAACACAACUUAUCAUUCAUCUAAACCAGAAAAGCCUAAUGAUGGUAAAACUCUAAAGCAUGUGGAAAAAGAAAAGAUAAAAUGGGAUGUAAACAAAACAACAGUGAAAGAUAAUGAAAGCCAGAGAAAAUCUGAUAUGAUGAAAAGUCGUCGAGAUGGCGCAAUGCUACAAUCAAAUGGCUAUGCUUUUAAUGGAAAUAAUUGUCAAAUGAGGGGCGAUCGAGUUCUAUGUGGCUAUAACAAUAAGGAAUUGGAAACUACUGAGCCCCAAUCGGCAGACAAAGAUUGCAUUCCCCGCGGAGACAGGAUUGAAUGUGGCUAUGUCAACCGCAGGACUGAUAACAGACGCAAUAAUAAAGAAAAUAAAGACGUAAAAACUGGAUCUAAAAUCACAAACGUGACUGACUAUCUAACCACAAAUAUUACUGUUACUUCCUAUACAAAUACCACCAUUAAAACUAUUCACCCACUUCCUCUAACCAACAAUACUAUAACGACUAAUCAUACUUCUACUGGUAACAUCGAAGAUCAGCCCGAGUCAUCCAAAUUUGAAACACAGGAGUUAUUAGAAGAUGUUGAAAAAAGUAUUGCUUCUGUUAUAACCAGUGCAAAUACUAGCACUACCACUAUUGCUACAUCUUCAGUGUCUACUAAUGAAAAUGAAUCCAUGACUAUAUCAAAUGUGUCUACUUCUAGUUCCAUUAUAAAACCAGAAUUUGCCAGUUUAAAAAUUAUGGAAUUGAUUGGCCGUGUCGAAAAACUACUUGCAUCAGCUGAUACCAUUAAGACUUUUAAUAUUUCUUAUCCUAUCGUUGCCGGUAAUCAACCUUCUACCCUUUCUACGCUAAAAAAAGAACCUGCUGAAAUUCUUAAUUUAACAAUCAGAAAAUCUAACGAUAACUCUAUCUCUUUAGCCAGUACUGUUACUCUUACUAAUUUUACUGUUAAUAGUAUCGUUUCUACGACAACUUCAUUUACGCCUCCUACUACUACUACUACUACUACUACAUCUACUACUACUACGACUACAACUCCUGUUCCAUAUAUCGACGAUGGGGAAUAUUGCGUCGAGAAAGAUGGUCGGAUCGUGUGUUAUGACAGCCCACAAGAAGAUUACGAUGACUUUUUAGAAAAAUGA